CCUGCUCAGCGGUGUUCGUCUUCUGUCAGCGAACCAAAUGAAAACAUCAUUUCAGUGUUCACAGACUGAGUUAAAUCAUCAUUGCAGUUUCCAGAGACCAAACUAAACUCUAUUUGGGUCUAAAGAGACUGUGAAUGGACCAUGGAGUGUGUUCCUGCUGUUUUAGAUGAGUUGGAUGGUAAAAAAGAGGCACCCAUAGAGGACCCAGAGUAUAAUGUGUACACACGCUUCAUGAAAUCCCACCGAUGUUACGAUCUGGUGCCCACCAGCUCAAAACUUGUGGUUUUUGACACUUCUCUACAGGUGAAAAAGGCAUUCUUUGCUCUGGUAUCUAAUGGAGUGAGAGCAGCUCCUCUCUGGGACAGCAAGAAGCAAUGCUUUGUUGGUAUGCUGACCAUCACAGAUUUCAUCAAUAUACUUCAUCGCUAUUACAAGUCUCCUCUGGUCCAGAUAUAUGAGAUAGAAGAGCACAAAAUAGAGACAUGGAGAGAGGUCUACUUGCAAGAUUCUUUCAAGCCUCUCGUGAGCAUAUCGCCGAAUGCCAGUCUAUAUGAUGCCGUUUCAUCUCUACUGAAGCAUAAGAUCCACAGAUUACCUGUGAUUGAUCCACUGACAGGAAACACACUCUACAUUCUCACACACAAGAGGAUCCUCAAAUUCCUCAAACUUUUUAUAUCUGAGAUCCCCAAACCUGCAUUUCUCUCUCAAACACUGGAGGAGUUGAACAUCGGAACGUUUUACAACAUUGCUGUGGUGCACUCCGACACACCGCUGUAUGCUGCUCUGGGAAUCUUUGUGGACCAGAGGGUUUCCGCCCUGCCUGUGGUGGAUGAAAAUGGGCGAGUGGUUGACAUCUAUUCCAAGUUUGAUGUUAUCAAUCUGGCAGCUGAGAAGACGUACAAUAACCUGGACAUCACUGUGACUAAAGCCCUACAGCAUCGUUCACAGUAUUUUGAAGGCGUCCUCACCUGCAGAGCAAACGAGACUCUUGAAGCCAUUAUCGGUAGACUGGUGGAGGCAGAGGUUCACAGGUUAGUAGUCGUGGAUGAGCAAGAAGUAGUAAAAGGCAUCGUGUCUCUCUCAGAUAUCUUGCAGGCUUUGGUGCUCACUAAUGGAGACGAUGGAACAGCUUGAUGGAAGUAAAAAAUACAGAGGAAGUCUCUCUUACUUUCUCUGCAGCUGGAAAGAUUGAUUGAGCACAGAGAAGUACGGUCAGCUGUUUUAAAGCACAACAAAUGAUUAGAUAUUUAGCUGCUCAAAUCAACCGAAGAUGCUCAAUUAGCGAAGAGACUAUUACAAAAAUACAGCCCCAAAACAGAGUCAAAUAGGAAACGACACCAUCCACACUCCUGUGUUGCAGAAAAUGAAUCCAAAUGAUUUUAGCAGCAAUCUGUCACUUUAUUGCCCCCUUUUUGGGUGUUUGUUCACUUUGGGUUACAAAGAUUGUACCUGGAAAUAACAUGCACUUGAAACACAUGAUGUACAGGUGUUUAAAUGUCAUUGGAGAAGAAAGCUAGUGUUUAAAUCCAGAAUAAGAGACAUUCCAUUUACAUUCCGAGUCGCUCACGUCACACAGGUAAAUCCUUGAAAGCCAAUGAACAUAAUCUAAAAAUAGACUGUUUCAAAACUGACAAACAUUCACUCCUUCAGGAUUCAGGGGAUAGUAUCAUUACUUAGUUUCUUCUCAUGUAGAGCUCUUGGUUUGUGAACACUAAGGUUUCUCUGGACACGCUACCUGUGUGAAGAUCAAAGUUAUCUUUAGUUCCACACUAAGAGCCAUUUCUACUUUCUUUACAAUGUGAAAACAGAGCAAAGAUAAGGGAGAUCUUUUGUAAGAUGUUUUAGACGUUUAAUCAGUUAAUAUUUAGCAUUAUUGUUUCAGUAGAAUCCCAAAAGCCAUGUUGUUAUAGAGCGCAAAAAUGCCCGCCCACUUUAUUAUUAGACAUAUUGGUUCCGGAAGUAUUUUUCACAUUUCUUUUUUCCAUAGGGAUUUCAUAAAAUUCUUCAUAAAAGAGUUGUAAGCCACAAACCAAACCAACCAACUCCGAGGUGAAUCACAACAUUAAAAUCUUUGAUUUGAAGCAAAAAAUUAUUUGAAAAUCAGACAAAAAUUCAUAGAUACAAGACUGUGUACUAAAGUUCUUAACCCUUGUGCUGCGUUGACAUUUUUUUUUACCUAAUUUGGUGUUCCCGGUCAAAAAUGACCGGCCUAUAAAAAUAGCUUAUAAAUCUCUCAAUAUGCUAUAUUAUUACCAAAUAUUGGAUUAGAUCUUUUUGCCAACUUGUUUUCUUUCAAUUCGCACAGGUUUUGUAUUUCUUUUUGGAGCUUAUUGAUCGUUGGCCUCAUUGACCUGAGCUUAUGCACCUCUGUUUUUGAGUGAAAAAAGCAUUAUUUGUGAAUAAUUUUGGCAAUAUUAUAUAAAAUAUGAAAACAUUCUGUACUAUUAUAGAAAAUAAAAGCACUUCAAAAUAAAAGUCCUGUUUUUUGUGAUCUUCCCCAUUCAUUUUCAAUGGCCGGUCAUCUUUGACCGGGAACACCACAAUUCUAUUGAUUCUAUUGGAGAGUGGUCACUGUGGGGCAAAGACAGUUCUGGUGUGUGUGUGCAUGCAUGUUUGUGUGUGUGGUAAUGAUGGAUGGAUGUUGGAUGAAUUUCAGGGUAAGAUUCAUCUCUGUGAAAAAGAAAGCAUGUAAUACUCAAAUGAGUUUGUGCGUGUACCUGAGCAUAUGUGUGUUUGUGUGUGUGCACAGUUCCGAGACCUUUAUGUUUGUAAGCACACAUGCACAUAUGUGAACAUGAACAUGCUCCUGAACACUAAAUUUUUCUCUUAUUUUUCAUCUCCCCCAUUCAUUUUCAAUGGCCGGUCAUUUUUGACCAGGAACAGCACAAGUGUAACAAGGUAAAUGGGAUUUUUACCACCAAAUCCAGACCGUUGCGCUGUAUUAUUAUUCAUAUAUCAAGCAGAAAUUUAGCUCUUUAUUGCUUUGGCUCAGACACGUUAGUAUCAAUGCUCAUGUUUUUCAAAAGUUACAGAGGGUUUAACACUGCAGAAGUGUUCAUUUAUAGUUACAGCUUGAAAUGUUGCUACUGAUUUCACUUGACUUUAUUUGCUUCAAGAUCCACACUCAUUAAACGGCUAAAACAACCUUCGUAAAUGUGUCGACAUUGAAGUAUAUCGUGUUUUUAUAGAUGUAAAGUGGGAAGUUCAACAAAGAGACAGUGUACAUAGGAAAAUCAAUGAGCAAAUUGAGCAAAGCUGUAAUGAAACUCCCACUUCUGGCUCACUUUUGGACGGCUCGCACUUUUGUGUGAACUUUUUUUACAUUGUAGCCAGACUUGAUAUGGGAAACAGAUCGUUUCACCAUGUUAAUGUAAUAUAUUUAGCUGGUUUUACUCUCUCUGUAAUACUUUUUAUGACUCAAAUGGCUGAAAUGUAAAUACACCAAAACUGUUUUCUAAUUCUCUCAUGUCAAAGAUGUUUUAUUCAAUGCAUGAGCAAAAUAAAAUGUAUUCAGUUUGUCAAA